CGGUAAACCAAAGGUCAACGCCACAGCCGCCGCGAUAUCAAGAUCACCUUAGCUGCGACUGUGACACCACCGCCCACCUAACUUUCCACAUCCGCGCGCGCGCGCGCACACACACACACACACACACACACACACACACACACACACACACACAGAGAGAGAGAGAGGAGGACGAGGAGGAGGAGGACGAGGAGGACGAGGAGGAGGAGGAGGAGGAGUAGAGAGAGGGAGGAGAGAGGAAGGGCGGGGGGGCGAGAGAGAGAGAGAGAGAGAGAGAGAGAGAGAGAGAGAGAGAGAGAGAGGAUGGACGUUCAAGCACUAGUGAACUAUUACGCCAGAGUAGGGUAUUACCGCCAUCUGCAGGGGGUAAGCAAUGAGGUGUCGCGCAAGCGGACGAACGAGCCGGUGCUGUUGUUCUGGAGAGCUUACGGAAUGAUUCUGGAGGGUUCAUACUCUGAAGCUCUUCGUGAGCUAGAAGCCCUCUCAGCAGCAGGACACAAAGAGAUCGAGGUCGCGGUCAACGUUGCAAUGAUACAGGCUCAUCAAUUGUGCAAGAUAGUGGAUGAAGAAGCGGUGGGUACGCUGUUGAGGCAGCUGGAGCAGGCAGAGAGGAAUGCGACGGAGCGCACUCUUCUACAGGGAGCGAUACUGUAUUGCCACAUGGGCGGGAUGGCCAACCUGCGAAAGUCAAAGGCGUUGACUGACCGAAUUCUGCGCAUUCAACCUAAUUACCCCCAAGCCCUCUGCUUACGGGGGUGGAUUGAAGUUGUGGGGGAAGGCGGAGGGGGUCUGUCAUCGGAUCGGCUCCGCGUAACCGAUGAGUUCGGGUCGCUUACGUCGCCGAGUACAUUCGAUCCCUCAGGCAUGAACCCUAACAUGCAGGCUGACGUGAAGAAUGCUGCCCUGCAACGUGGAUUGGAAAUCUUCGAUGCUGUUCUCGCAAAAGGCGGUCGGGAUCUGGAGACCCUUCUUGGGAAAGCCAAGUGCUAUGAGCUGAAAAGGGACUACAGCAAGGCGCUGGUCGAGGUAAACCAGGACAGCAGCAACAUUGAGGCUCUGCGAUUAACAGUUUUAUACAUGAUGACGAAAGAGCACAGACCGACGGUUGUGGCAAAACGAAUCAGCGACAUUAUUGACAGCAUCGAGCGGAAUGAGCCAAGAAAUGCACGUCUAUGUUACAAUGUGUCACGGCCAUUUGCCCGGCUGGCUGGACGCAACUCCCCGGCAAUCCUCCAGAGAACGAUGAUGCUCGCUGACAAAGCCCGGAAGCUUGAGCCAGAUAAUGCGGCUUACCUAGUCGAGUACGCCUAUCAACAACAACUGUCAGGAGACUACCAAGCUGCAAUUUUGACGUACCGAGCAGCAGCACGGCUCGACGAGAUGAACAUCCAGGCCAUCUACGGCGUCAUCGAGUGCCAGCUCCGGUCUGGUCACAUUGCCGAAGCAUCACAGCAGCUAGAUUUCAUGGCCGAGAUCUCGACCGCGAUUGACCGAACCUCGGACUUGCUGUUCCUCCUGGCCAUGCUGACAUGGCAGAAGGGUUGGGAUCCCGACCGAUGCUACAAGCUUCUGGACGAGGCGUUGAUCCUGCAUGCACAAGCUCUGGCUGCCGUUCCGCAGGCGGGGUACGAAUACUACGUGACAAUGAACCCGGAGCGUAUGCUCGAGAUGGCGAGAUUGCUACUCAUGCACGUAGGUUCGGCCGAACCUACAGGUUCGGGAGAGGCAACGAAUCCACACCUAGAGAGGGGGAUUCAGGUCUUGGAGGGUUUGUCCAGAGCGGUGCCAGGGCUAAUGGAUGCACAGCUCGCACUUGCACGCGCUCGAUUCAUAGCUGGCGAUCUUAACGGCGCGGAACGUUCAGCCUCCAGAGCUCUGCGCUUAGAUAAUGCAUGUGCGACUGCUCACAUUCAGCUCAGCGAGGUGUAUGUCCAGCAAGGCAGGUUCCUUCUAGCCAAUCAAGAACUGGAGCAAGCGGUCAGCCACGACUUUGGAACCCGAGAUUCUCCUAGGUUUCUUGUUGCACGAGCACGGGCGUUGCUUGGCAUGGACCGGGUCGAGGAGGCACUCAAGGUUCUAGAAGGCGGUAUGGUGAACCCUGCAGGUGGACGGCGUUCAUCCGUCACCAAACUCUCCCCAAGCGAAGGCUUAACAGGCAGAGGAGGAGGAGGAGGAGGAGGAGGGGGAGGAGGAGGAGGUCCUGGAGGAGGAGCAGCGAAAGGUAGAGGUAAAGAUGGGCUAGGAAGGAGAGGGAGUGUGUUUGAGACAGUAGGGAUAGGAGGAGGAGCUGGAGGGGAAGGGAAGAGAGUUAAGGCAGAGUUUACGGGGGAGGAGAGGGCGAACUUGUACCUCCUCCUUGCGAAGACAUUGAUGAGACUGAAAAGAGUUCCAGAAUCGACGAAAGUGAUUCAGGAUGCAAUGAACGAGUUUGCGGGGACAGCUGAAGAGCCUAGGAUCCUCCUCGCCAAUGCGGAGCUGGCACUUGCGAGAGGAGAUGUGGAGGGUGCAUUGGCCAUUCUUCGUUCUGUCCCUCGGGGGAGCUCGCAAUUUCUUCAUGCCCGCUCCGCAAUGGCAGAGGUCUAUCUUCACCAUAGGCAUGACAAGGCAGCAUACAUCUCUUGUUAUUCGGAUCUUGCUGAGCGGAUUGGCGACACUCUUUCCCUUGUAAUGCUUGGAGAGGCAAUGCUCCGCAUUCAAGAGCCGGAGUUGGCCAUUCAAGCUCUAGAAAAGGCACUAGCUAAGGCCCCUCAGGAUGCCGUCUUGGCAGCGAAGAUAGGCAGAGCUCUCGUCGCGACCCAUAACUACGCGAGAGCGGUCACAUUUUACGAGAGCACUUUGAAAUCCCUUGAAGAGAACCAGCAGAACCUACAAGCUCCACACUCGUCGGUGAAGGCUGAUGCUCUUAACCCAGCCAAAGGUGGCGGUCGGGCUUUGCCAGAAGGAAAACCGACAACCACGACGUCGACCAUAACUAUGAACCUGGCCUCUAUUGCCAUCAUGAUGGAUUUGGCUGAAUUUUACUUGAGGAUGAGGCGCUACGACGAUGUGGAGAAAGUUCUGAAGAAGGUCUUGAGGGUAGAAGACGGCCGGGAUUUGCCUGGUGCUCAAGGACCGCUUUUGUUGGCGUCGAUGACUGACUCCGAUGGGCCUGUUAGUCCAGAUGCAAAGGCUGGCGGCGUUCACCAGAUGGGCAACAAAGUUGGACCUUCCGGUCCAGAUCUGGUUACACUGAUGACGGACGUGAAAGCACUCAUGCUGCUUUCGCGUGUUCACAAAGGUCGGUCUGAUUCAGCAAAGGUGAUCGACGUGAUGAAACGCGCGAAGAUGCUGCAGAACACAGUGCUGUUGAAGAUGGCGCGCGACCCUGAGGAUGCUCUUCGUCCUCAGCAUGAGGUUGCUAUGGAGAUAAACAUGCAGUUAGGACGAGAGUACGAACUCUGUGGUCAGCUGGAUGUGGCAAUGGACAUGUACAAGGAAGCAAUCCGGCACGGUGAGGAGCAUGGCACUGGCUUAGCGCCCGCAUUCCCUCAGGCACCACCUCCUUCUGUGCCGCCAUUGUCCGCUAUACUGUCUACAAUUGGCGGGGUAGGCAUGCUUUCAACAAGUCUUGCAGGAGUCAGAGUAGGAGCGGGAGCAGGAGCAGGAGGAGGAGGAGGAGGAGGAAUGAAGUCGGGCAAUGAGCUAUUAGCUGCCAGUAUGCUUGCGCUCGCUCGUCUCCACUUGGCGAGAGGAGAGGUCGACAGCUGUCAGCAACAAUGUAUGAGCUUGCUGAAGAUCGAUCCACUGAAUGCCGAGGCAUCCUCGAUUCUUGCUGAUCUGAUGGUAGAGAGAGAGCAGUACGAUGCUGCAAUCCUUCACUUCCAGCAGCUGUUAGAACGUCGCCCCGCUAAUUUCCCCGCCCUCGCACGACUGAUACACCUUCUCCGGCGUGCAGCGAGGAUCAAGGAGGUUCCUAUCUACCUGCGAGCGGCGGAGAAUGCCCUGUCUUCAUUGUCUACCAACUCCUCUGCACUUCCUUCUACUACCCUUUCUGCUUCCUCCGUCGGCGAGGAUUCUCGCAGGCCAGGCGGCAACAACACACCGGCCAUCUCCACCGGUUUCAGCAACAGCCGCUCCAUCACAACUACCACGUCCGUGAUUGCGUCCACGGCCGCAGCAGGAGCCUCUUCGCUUCUUCUCCUCAACGAUACGUCUCGACAGCGUGCGCCCCCCGUUUCCGCCUCUUCCACCUCCACCGACAUGGCUGGACUUAACCAUUGUCUUGGCUUGUAUGCGCGCUACUCCAACGAUGUACAUGUGGCACUCGAGCGGUUCAAUCGAGGAAGACGCGACAUCCAAUGGGGUGUGAAGUCGGUGUAUGCUAUGGUGGAACUGUAUCUAGAUUUAGAUAAUGAUGGCCUUCUCGAUCAUUCCUCCUCGUCCACGACCACCUCUUCGUCGUCAUUGUUCCCCGCGCCUCGCUCCUCUUCGCCGUCAGCAGAUGGUAAGGCAAGCACCGCGGUCACAGUCAUAGGGUCCAAUGGGGAUGGCAAAGUGAAGGUCACCAAUGUGGCAGGUGGAGGGGGCAAACGAAUGAACGGCAGUAGUGGAGAUAACAGUCCGACAGAGAGGGGGGAUAUGGCAAUGGCAGGGCCGGCGCGGUCAGAUGGCAGCGUGGAGAGCACACCCAGAGGGGCAGCGCAACCGCCUCCCGAAAACGAUGCGGACGUCGGUCUCGACAACACGGUAACUGCGGCGGCGAACAACACAGAGGCCAUCAGGAUCUCUGAGCGACUGCUGGCAGAGAUUCGACCCGCCGUAAGAGGAAACUCUGACGUCAGCAGCGGUGGGGCUGGGGGAGGUGGUGGGAGUGGGGGUGCCGACACCAGCCCCGCGCUGAUGAAUAGACAUCUGGCAAUGGAGUGCUACGUCAAAAUGGCAAGCCGGCAAAGAGCGGACGUAGAAGCGGCACUGGCGAAUCUACAGGAAGCUUCCGCCAUGGUCGGACGAAGAGAAAACCGCGAUCUUCACAGUGGACUACCAGGUCUAGGAGGGGCAGCAGCUGGAGGAGCAGGAGGGGGAGGAGGAGCAACGGCAGCCACCAGCUCCGUCUCCAUCCUCCUGUGCACCGCAACAGGAUUGAUGUUGCUGAAACAAGUCCAGAAGGCACGGAAUGUGUUGAAGCAGGUGCUGAAACUUCCGUAUAACUUGGACGAGGGAGAUGACUUUGAGAGAGCAUGGCUGAUGCUUGGAGAUGUGUAUUUGCAGAGCGGCAAGCUCGAUCAAGCUCAAGAGCUAUGUUGCCGGUGCCUCAAGUACAACAAGGCUUGUCCCAAGGGAUGGGAGUCCGUAGGGUAUAUAAUGGAGAGAUCGCAGUCGUUCAAGGAGGCGGCCGAGCACUACGAACAAGCAUGGCAGUUCUCUGGCGAAAAGCAACCGGCCAUCGGAUAUAAACUCGCAUUCAACUACCUCAAGUCGAAACGCUUUGUCGACGCAAUCAAUGUCUGCCACAAGGUACUUCAAGCAUACCCUAAUUAUCCGAAGAUCCGGAAGGAUAUUCUUGAAAAGGCGCGGAACCAUUUGAGGCCUUGACCUGAAAAUUGAUGAACACUUUCAGCAGCCAGGAUAGA